GCUACACUUGAGUCGGGCUGGGAUUUUCUGACGCCGUAUGUUUUUCUUAAAAUAUCUGUGUUCGUACGUUGUUGGGGUUCGUCAACCGUGCGCGAUCGGCGCCGUAAUCGGCAGUGGAAAUGAUGAACUCCAGUGUCGACCUGUCCCGGCGGAAUCCGCAGGAGGAUUUCGAGCUGAUCCAGAGGAUAGGAAGCGGCACUUACGGAGAUGUGUACAAGGCUCGUAAUGUUAACACAGGAGAGCUGGCUGCUAUCAAAGUCAUCAAACUGGAACCGGGUGAGGACUUUGCUGUCGUCCAGCAGGAGAUUAUAAUGAUGAAGGACUGUAAACACUCCAACAUUGUUGCCUAUUUUGGCAGUUAUCUCCGGAGAGAUAAGUUAUGGAUCAGUAUGGAGUACUGUGGAGGAGGUUCUCUGCAGGACAUCUAUCACGUAACCGGGCCCUUGUCAGAGUCACAGAUAGCCUACAUGUCACGGGAGACCCUGCAGGGUUUAUACUAUCUACACAAUAAAGGCAAAAUGCACAGAGACAUCAAGGGAGCCAACAUCCUCCUGACAGACAACGGCUACGUUAAACUAGCUGACUUUGGUGUAUCAGCCCAGAUCACAGCAACUCUUGCCAAGAGGAAGUCAUUCAUUGGAACUCCUUACUGGAUGGCUCCGGAGGUUGCAGCAGUGGAGAGGAAAGGAGGUUACAACCAGCUGUGUGAUAUCUGGGCUGUGGGCAUUACUGCAAUAGAGCUGGCUGAACUACAACCACCCAUGUUUGACUUGCACCCCAUGAGGGCUCUGUUCCUAAUGACCAAGAGUAAUUUCCAGCCUCCUAAGUUGAAAGAUAAACUCAAAUGGACAAAUAACUUCCACCAUUUUGUCAAACUCGCCCUGACCAAGAACCCAAAGAAGAGGCCCACGGCUGAGAAACUCCUGCAGCACCCUUUUGUGUCGCAGCCUCUCAGCAGGACGCUGGCAAUCGAGCUGCUGGACAAAGCCAACAACCCCGACCACAGCACCUACAACGACUUUGAUGAUGACGACCCUGAACCCGAGUCUCCGGUCUCGGUUCCUCAUCGUAUUCGUUCCACCAGCAGGAGCACAAGGGAAGGAAAGACGCUGUCUGAGAUAAACUUUGGUCAGGUGAAGUUUGAUCCUCCAUUGAGAAAGGAGACGGAACCCCAUCAUGAGCCGUGUGAUUCUGAGCCCUAUCUGGACUGUGUUGAGGAGCUCUACUAUACCGCGAGAUCUAAUCUGGACCUGCAGUUGGAGUACGGCCAUGAUUCACCAAGUCUACUGGGAGGAAACAAGAGUCUUCUCAAGUCUGUGGAGGAAGAGCUUCAUCAGAGGGGCCAUGUGGCACACUUAGGGGAUGAUGAGGAUGAGGAUGAUGAUGGUGCAGAUGAUGAUGAAACUCACACUCAUAAAUCAAGCACUAUCAUGAGGCCAAAGGUCCCGCCCCCGCUUCCCCCCAAGCCCAAGUCCAUCUGCUCGUCCCAACAGCAGCAGCAGCAGCAACAAAAACAAGACGACAGCCAAUCACACAGCGAGGACGACGGCGGAGGGGGAGGGACCAUCAAACGCUGUCCGGUCCCAGAAACGCCGAGCCCGGCCAGGCCCGCCUCCAAUGUCCCCCCGCGGCCCCCGCCCCCGAAGCUGCCACCCCACCGCCGCAGUAGCCUAGGUAACGAGAGCCCGAAGCGUACGGACGUCGAAAACUCUGCCCCAGAGGAUGAUGGGAGCUUUAGGCAUUUCUGGGAGUGGCUCCACACGCCUCACACAGAGGAGGAGCUGGAGGAGGCGUGGGAGGUGCUGAAGGAGGUGAAAGAGGAGCAGGAAAAAGAGGAAAAGGAAGAGAGUAAUGGGCUGAACUCUCCACACAAUGGUGAGAGGGACAGUCCAGCAGACAGACAGUCCACCAUGCCCCCUAGUGUCCCCAUACGGAAAGACAAGAAGGAUGUUCCGAAGCCAAUCAGUAAUGGCCUCCCUCCUACACCCAAAGUCCAUAUGGGUGCGUGUUUCUCCAAGGUGUUCAACGGCUGUCCCCUGAAGAUCCACUGUGCCACCUCUUGGAUCAACCCCGACACCAGAGAUCAGUAUUUGAUAUUUGGAGCUGAGGAGGGGAUCUACACGUUAAACCUGAACGAGCUGCAUGAGACCACGAUGGAACAGCUCUUCCCUCGGCGGUGUACCUGGUUAUAUGUCAUGAACAAUUGUCUCCUUUCCAUAUCUGGAAAAGCCUCCCAGCUGUACUCCCAUAGUCUGAGCGGUCUGUUCGAACAGGCCAGACAGUUACAGAAGUUACCAGUAGCCAUUCCCACACACAAGCUGCCUGAUAAGAUGAUUCCCAGGAAGUUUGCUGUGUCCAAUAAAAUUCCAGACACUAAAGGGUGCCAAAAGUGCUGCGUAGUGCGUAACCCGUACACAGGCCAUAAGUACCUGUGUGGAGCCUUCCAGUCCAGUGUCAUGCUGUUGGAGUGGGUGGAGUCCAUGCAGAAGUUCAUGCUCAUCAAGAAUAUCGACUUCCCGUUACCGUGUCCAUUGGAGGUCUUUGAGAUGUUGGUGGUCCCGGAGCAGACCUACCCUCUGAUCUGUGUGGCGGUCAGUAAAGGCACCGAACUCAACCAGGUGGUCCGGUUCGGCACCGUCAACCCCAACUCUACCUCCUCCUGGUUCACAGAAGCAGACACACCACAGACGUGUGUGAUCCAUGUCACUCAGCUGGAGAGAGACACUAUCCUAGUCUGCCUCGACAGGUGUAUAAAGAUAGUGAACCUUCAGGGCCGGUUGAAAUCCAGCAGAAAGCUUUCAGCCGAGCUGACCUUCAACUUCCAGAUCGAAUCCAUAGUUUGUCUCCAAGACAGUGUCCUGGCCUUCUGGAGGCAUGGUAUGCAGGGACGGAGUUUCAAGACCAACGAGAUCACCCAGGAGAUCUCUGACAGCACACGCAUCUUCAGACUACUGGGAUCAGACAGACGUGCUGACUGUAGAGAUCCAGAUGCAGAGGACAGAGGCCGCACUCUGCCCAGAGUGGUGGUGCUGGAGAGCAGGCCUACAGACAACCCUACAGCCCACAGCAACCUCUACAUCCUGGCAGGCCAUGAAAACAGCUACUGAGACACGCACACAUACACACACACCCACACACACACACACACACACACACAGACACGCGCUAUAAACAGCCUACCACUAAUGCAAACAAGGGAGUAAGCAACCAGGAGACACAUUCAGCCCAGUCCUACCGCUAAUCCCCCCCACCCAUCCACCCAGCCUCCACCUUCUCACCCGGCCUGCCAGCAGUGUAACUGGGAGACGAGCAGUUCGUGGGUGCAGAUGCGGAUUCCCACUUGCAGACGUUGAAAAUGCACCGCAGUUUUAUAUGUGUAUGAGUUAAGUGCGUCGUAGUAAGACGGCGGGGUUGUGGACCCAUUUCCGACAGGGCGAGGGUUAAGACAGCUGGUCUGAGGCCAGUUCGGGUUGCGAUAGCCAGUGAGUCUCUUCUCUGCACCUCACGAGACUUCAACCCACAAUCCUGAUACCAUCCCACCUUCCCCUGCACACUGCACACUGGGAAAACAGCAUCCAGCACAGAAGUUCGACUUCAACACUACUUCUACUACUACUACGUCUACACACACUAGUACUACUACUGCUACUGCUACUUGCGCUAAAGCUUCACAGAACAGCCAUCUUGCACAGAAAACCUUCCCUCCUCUCUCCUUUGUCGUCUUUUCCUGUCUCCUCCUCCCUCUUUCCCCUCCUCCUUUAGCCUCCUUUUUUUUUUUUUUUUUAAACUACACAUUUAUUUAUUGUGGCAUGAUGUAACUUUAACAACCAGGAUGGCUUUCCUGUUUUAUUUGUUUGUUUUUUUUUAAAAAAAGGAUAAAAAAGAGAAAACAGACUAAAAAGCUUUGCCACCUCUGCUAGCAUCAAAUUCCAGUACCCGUCACUACACCACACAAGUGCUUAAUUGACCUCUAUUUAAUUGUUGUAAAUAUAAAUGUAGUAUUUUUUGACAGAGACGAACACUAAAAAGACUGGUCGUGUAGAUAGGCGUGUGUAUAGUUGCUCUGUACAACCGUGGAGACGAACAGAGACAGACAGGCAUGGAGGAGUGACAGGGCAGUAAAUUCACGUCCUAGAUCCCUGAUCAUGUGACGAGGGUCAGGAAGCAAAGACCCCCUGCAGUCUCCUCAGGUGGACAGCUUUAGUAAUCUGAUAUUAUUCUAAUAAUGAUCCGGAGCUCAGGAUUGGACUGAGCAAAAGCAGGAAAUGUCACUGAUUGGUCAUUUUCAUUUUCGUUUUGCAUGCGUCACCAUCGAGACUUCCUGCUCGUUUGCACCAUAGCAACUGUCAACAGGGCAGCGGACGUUUUGAGAUCUGUUCAUUUAAGUUUCUUUUUCCUGUUUCAACAUCAUCUGUUUCGUUUUUUUUUUCUUUGUUUUUGUUUUAAUCAGAAAGCCUUUUAUUUUUUUUCUUUAAAUGGUGUUUUUUAUUUUUAUCGAACCACUGGUGUUAAAAAUUUGCACAGAGAAAAAAAAAACUUAUUUGAUAAACAAAUGUGAUGUCAUUAUAAUAUAUGACCUUGUGUGUAUGCACAGUGUGUGUGUGUGUGUGUAUGUAUGUGUGUGUAGUCAUAGAAUAUGCACAUACGAGUGCAUCAUGUACAGGUCUGGUCUUUAAUAAGUGACAGUUGUGUUUCUGCCCGAAGCCCCUUGAAAAGAGCACCAAGAAAAAAAGCUGAAUUUACACAGAAAGAAAAAUCACUUCUAUUUUUACACUAGACCUGGUAUAUAUUAACUGUUAGCCAUCAUUUCUAGCAUUAAAUUUAACUGGAGUUGUACCGUAUAAAUGAAACAGUAUAUUUCACUGGAUCUAUAACCAGCAGCAGAAAAACACCCACCUGGAUAAAACAAACACACAAGAUCCAUCAAGUCAGGACAGUAUUCACAUUUUGUCCAGAUAAACCUGCUUAUAGACAGAAAAUGUAACUGUGUUUUAGCUUUUUCAGUAAGAACACUUAAACACAUUUAGCAGCAACUGCUAGUCGGACAGAAGCUCUAGCCCAGAGAUGGGGGGGGGGGGGUCUUUAACUUUUUAAUUGAUUUUUUUUUUUAUUUCUGUGCAACAUUUGAUUCAUUUUAGUCAUAUAUUUGCUUACAACCCUCAUCGCUGUGACUUUUUUUUUUAAAGGCCAACAUCUGUAUGAAAGCUCACACUACAUGCAUGUCGAUGUGCACCAUGUGGUUGUGGUGUGUUAGAGAGUCUACAUGUGGCAGUACACUACCAGUCUUUACAAGCUGUGACACUAGAGGUUGCUUUCAGAGGAUGUGAACACUAGUUUAGGUCCACACUACACACCGUCUGUAACGCCCAACUCUUAACAGAGCUGAAACAUUUGAGUUAAUUUUUCAAGUGGGGCACGUGUCUCAAACAGUUCUUCUUUUUCUCAGAUACAGAGGUGUAAACUGCCGCAUAUACAGUAAAUGUACAAGCAAAAGCAAAGCACACAUGUGGGUUCAUCAGGUCAAUGUGACACUAAAUACUGUUAAUGUAAUGAUGUAGAUGUGAUCAGUGAUCACUGCCGUGGCAACAGUGAUUUCUCUGCUUGAUGGAAACUCAAAAUUUAAUGGUAAUUGUUCCAUUUUGUACAAACCUGGGUAAAAAUGUACAUCCGUAAUCCAAGUGCAGUCCAGUGCUGGACUGCAACGCCCUGUUACAGACUGAAGGUUUAAAGAUUUUAAUUUUAUCGUCAGAGUUUAAUAACAGCUAAAAUAUAAUUGAUACAAGAGGAACAGGAACAAUUACAGUAUUGUCGUAUUGACUCUAGCUUUGGAGUAAAUUGAUAAUUCAUUAAUACGGGCGGCAACGUUUCAGCUCUGUAUAGACGUGUCCCUGGAUGUUACUGAGGUGGUUGUAAAAAGGGACAUGCCGCCAUAUUGGGAGACAUAAAUGUGUACCAACAUGGCGGCGUGUGCCUCUUCUCUUUAGAGAUGGAAAUCACACCAAUGCCCCAGCACACGAUUUCACUUGUGUUUCACUACGAUUUAUUUAUGAGUUAACAUAUCCUCUCAAAGGAUUCCAGCUCCUGAUGCUGUAUUGCGCUGUUGUGGUGAAGCAACUAAAUCAAAGCAUAGUCUAGUUAAGUGUAGAGAGUGUGAAUCCACUUUGAAGAUCUACUUUUUUUUUUUUUUUUUAUCUCCUGUGCACACUUGUCUUGUAUGAAAACAAAAAACGCCCACAGAAUGUUGCUUUGCACCUGGGAAACAUCUGUCGGAAGUUUUAAUCCUACAAGACAUUAUGACAACGUACUAAAUUGCCAUGUAGUCAGUUGGGAGCAGAAACCUGUCUUCCUUCGUGCUGCUCUAUAUGAGACUCUGAAUGCUGUUUUGAAAUUCACCCACAAAGCAGUUCAACUCUUCAGGCAGCAGCCGGGGGUCGAUUCAGAGACGUGCUCAAACCACGAGACCCGAGACGGGCGAUUCGGCUCUGACCGUGCUAAUACGAGUGCGUCGAGCCAACAUCCGUUAAUACAGACAUGUUACAGUUUCAGACACAAAAAUAUUUUCCCAACAGUUUGUUCAUUCAGCGUUAAAAAGACAUUAGUUAUACCAAAUAUACUGCAUCGCCUCACAUUGACAUCAUCAGCCAUUAGGCCGAAUUAAUCACUUUCAAUAUUUAAGCUCAGUUCAUACAAUUUGAUUGGUUCCUCAUCAUUUGAUCAAUUUAAAUUUAACCGCCCUGUUGCUAGGUCAUCAUAUAUUUGGAAAAAAAUGAAUCCAACAUUCCUUUACAUGACGGCUCGGUUUAUGUCUAAGAACAUAUAUUAUAUGGAGUUUACAUUUCUUUUUUUUAAAUGUAAUGCCAAAAUAUGAUGUUGACAUUUUUCUAUGGCCAAAUUUAGAUAGUCUACCUCGUGGUAUGUCCCUAGACGAAAACACAAAACAAUUUGUCUGAUUCGAAAGACAACCGUCAACAGUGUGUAAGGUGAGAGUGAAUAUGAAGCGUGUUCUCUGAGGCUCUCGUUAGAGCGUCUGUGUCCUCUCAGUUGAUGUGUGUCAAUGAGCAAAAGCUGAGAAAUCUCAGGCCCCAGAAAGAAAAAAAAAAACACUCAUCCUGUAUCAUAGCAGCUCAUCUAAAAUCAUUAAAAGUAUGUAUUGAUUUAGUCUUAAUUGACUAUAGAAGCGGUUCUUUUUUUUCUUUUUUUUUCUGUGGGGUUUAUUAACGUUUACUUUUGGGAAAAUUGUCCCUUUAUUACAGAAUAACAAAUGAAUGAUUGAAUGAUAUCUGCAGUCAUAGACACAAAUUUAAUCUGUACUCCACUAAAGCAGGUGCCAACAUGGCCCUCUACUCCUGGCUCACAUCAUGUGACAGUAAUUCAUAGGGAUUGUUUUGAGAUGAUUUGGGCAACAGAUGUGUGGAUUUUCUGAACGAGACACAAAGAAACAUUUCCCCUGGAUUGCCUCUUCGUUCUGCCGCUCAUAGUUUCCAUGCGGUGACCUCCACCUAUCUGGUGCUCCAAGCACAUAGGAGGAAACACAGAUGAGUUAUUUGCAAAAGCUGUUUGAUCCAGGUAUCUUCCCAAUAUUAAACGAAACACAAGUCUCCUCUGUUCUGUCGUGUUAACAUCACCUUUGUCUUUUUGUUUUCAUGAUGCAAUGCACACGUUAUGAAAUGUAUAUAGUGUAAAAUAAAAAUGGGUUUGUUUUACAUACUGUAUAAUUGCCUAUAUUUUGUUUCAGAAGUGUAACAGAUUUAUGAGAUGACAGGUUAACACAUUAAAAAGAAGGAACUGAA